GGACCCAUAGCGAAUCAGCUGCUUUAUUCUGAAUAUAUUUAAUGUCAGCUAAGGCUAAAUAGCCUAGGUAUUCAUACAGUUUUGUCCGGUUGGCGAGUAGGUUUGCUGUUAUUGAUUUGAUUUUGUUUGCACAAUAAUUCUGUCACAUUCCUCUGCUCUUUGAGAAUGCCACCACUAGGCUAUUCUUCUUCCAGUGUUGGCAUUAAUGGUCCUUUAUUUGUGAUUAUGUGAGAUAAUCAGACGGAAUAUCCUCGGAUUGGCUACCCUAAAUAAUAUUGCGCUGUUCUUCAAUGUACCAUCACAUAUUUACUGUAUGGAAGCCCAUUCCUGCCACCAAACAAACAAUAAGAAAAUGUCGAUGUAAGUAAAUAUUUUGAAAUACAGUACACAUAGGAUAUGUGGUGGGGUACAAAUUGUUUUCCUGGGGCCCAGAGUUUGUCCUGAUCUAGUAGGCUAACCAGGUAAAAACUCUGGAUGCUAGUUGUAUGGUAUGACAAUAAUAAAUCAGAUGUAAAACAAACCGCUUUUAUAUGGGCUAUGAUGGGACCAGAUUUUUUUUCUAAGCAGGUAAAAUGUUUUUUUUUUUAACUGGAAAAACUCCUGGCCCUAGGGAUGAUGAAACCCUUAAAACCCUGUCAAACUACAGCAACGUUGUACUUGUUAAGAUGGCGCUGGAGAAGAAGGCAGACGUUUUACGUGCCCCCAACCAGUAGUGUUUUUUGUUUGUUUAUUUGCGUUGUUUGUAACCUAUUUUUGUACUUAUUUUUUACAUAAUGUUGCUGCUUCCAUCUCUUAUGACCGAAAAUAACUUCUGGGCAUCAGGACUGCGAUUACUCACCACAGACUGGCAGAAUCCUUUUAUUCCUUUAUUGAGGCUGAUGUAAACGAUAUACUGCUUUCUCGGGAACAGGCCCAGAUCCCUGUGAUUUGCGUGAAGAGGAGGUGGAGAAAAAGGGUACGGAAGGGCAGGCUACCUUCUGAGAAUUCAUAAGCGAUUGAAUAAGUCCCACUUUCCUUCCACUCUGCUAGCAAACGUGCAAUCUUUGGACAAUAAAAUAGAUGACUUACGUGGAAGAUUAAACUACCAACAGGACAUUCAAAACUGUAAUAUCUUAUGCUUCACGGAGACAUGGCUGAAUGACGGCACUAUCAACAUACAGAUGGCUGGUUAUACGCUGCACCGUCAGGAUAGAACAGCGGCAUCUGAGCAGUGUAGCCUGGGAGUAGCGAUUCAGCCCGUCAUGCCAGCGAGACAGGAAGUGUAUGUGUGAGCCCGACCAGUCCGGUGGGCUGCACGGGGAUGAACAUGCCACUGCACCAGAUCUCUGUCAUCCCCCGUGAUGUCACUUCCUCCCGGGUCAGCGGCAGCGGAAAGUCCAAGGACAAGGACAAACAGAAUGAGAAGCACCUGGGUCAUUCUGCCAGCAGGUCCAGCAACAUUUCCAAGGCGGGGAGUCCCACCUCCGUCAAUGUCCCCUGCAGCUUUUCACGGUCAUCGGUCACCCCCUCCAACCAGGACAUCUGCAGGAUCUGUCACUGCGAAGGAGACGAUGACAGCCCACUGAUAACACCGUGCAACUGUACAGGCAGCUUACGCUUCGUCCACCAGGCGUGCCUGCAGCAGUGGAUCAAGUCCUCAGACACACGCUGCUGUGAACUCUGCAAGUACCAGUUCAUCAUGGAGACCAAGCUCAAACCCCUUCGCAAGUGGGAGAAGCUCCAGAUGACGUCUAGUGAGAGGAGGAAGAUCAUGUGUUCUGUGACGUUCCAUGUCAUCGCCAUAACUUGCGUGGUGUGGUCCCUCUACGUGCUCAUUGACCGCACUGCAGACGAGAUCAGAACAGCCGGAAGAAUCCCAGGUAUCCUGGAGUGGCCAUUCUGGACCAAGCUGGUGGUGGUAGCCAUCGGCUUCACGGGUGGCCUGGUCUUCAUGUACGUCCAGUGUAAAGUCUACAUCCAGCUGUGGAGGAGACUCAAGGCCUACAACCGGGUGAUCUACGUCCAGAACCGCCCAGAGAUGUGUAAAAAGCAAGUGGUCGAGAAGCUGCCCCUCAUGGAGCCCAGUUUGGAGCACAAGGAGGCUCUGGCCCUCACCCAGUCUGACACAAACUCCUCCCAGUACACAGAGACAGAGGACUACAGUAUGGAAGUGCUACAUGUCUGACCAACAUAUUACUGAAGCCCCCAGACCAUUUUACAUAUACUAAUACACAGUCACACUCUGGCUGACCAACAUAUACACACACAAACACGAGCAAACCAAGUAAAAAACACAAAACACACAGACAUGCAUAAGACCAUAGUAUGGGGGUUGUACUAAGGUGUGAGUGACCCACCUUCACCCUUCCCCCAUCUCCACACAGUCUGAAACAGUAUGGACCAGUACCCGCUCCCAGGACUAGACCUUGACUGGGCCAAUAGACCCCUCAUCUAUAUAUACACACACACACACACACACACACACACACACACACACACACACACACACACACACACACACCUGAGACAGAUGAUCUCACUCGGCUCCAGAGGUUUCUGUUGAGCUGUUUGUUUGUUGCUUUGUGUGUUUGUUAGCUUGUUUGUUUGAUUUAUUUGUUUUACUUCCUGUGAAUCAUGGGCUAAACCAUCAUGGAUCAGCGCUGCCAUUUCUCUGGAAUAUUUUAGAACAUUCUGGAACAUUGAACAUUCUAACUACUGCCACCGUACUGCUGUCGUCCGAGAGCCCGCUAAGGCCCGCUCCCCCGCCUCUCUGAGUUUGGGACUGGAUUGGACCGGAUCUGACCAUGCAUUGAAGCACUUUUUGGUUUCUACCAAUACCCCUCUCAACCCUCUUCUCUUUUAAUAUGAAUAAAGUACUUUAUAGUAUAUCCCAGCAAACAGGGGACGUCCUAAGCAACAUUGCCAUUAGGCCCCUUUUAGGGUUUUGGCUAAAUGUUAUUCCACUGCCGUUCUGAGAACAUUCUAGAAAUAUUCAAACAUGACAUUAACAUCAGGACGAUAAGGGGACGUUCAGUACUGAUCCCAGUUUGGUUGUAGUAUAACUUUAUAAUAAGGUAAUUUGAUGACCAAUAGGGAACAUUACAAAUAGGUUCCGAUAACCGGGAAGUAGACAAAAAACACAAGACCAUGACACAAUGUCCUGACGUUCUGGGGACGUCCUAUGGACACUUUUGUUUGCAGGGAUAAGUGUGGGAAAUUGUACAGCUACAAAUAGGAAGAUUUCUGUAAAAAAUCCCUUGUUUUAUAUUUGACAUUAAUGUCCCACACACAGACCUGCCCUCCCUUGGAUGGAAAUCAUGGAAAGCAAUGAAUGAUGGGGGGGAAUGGAAUUCUGCCGAAAUGAUCAUUGCACUUUUCACAUAACACUGAAAGUAAUGCUAAAUAUGGCCUACUGGUUACUCAAGCCCUGUGGUUUUUAAUACAACCAAAACAUAACUUUGGGAUAACAUCAGAUACAGCCAUCCACCUGACUUUACCUCCCUCUGACAUAAGAACUCUCUGAAGGCUCUGAGAAUGUAAUGUUUUUAAAAGCAUUUUCUACCAACCAUUCAUUCACAGGAAAUCGCUAAAUAGUCUCCCAUGUCAGUCAUCAUCAUAACAUGAACCUUUGGAAAACCAACCAAUCGGUCAUGUUUUUUCUAUUGUGUGAAUGAUACAGUACUUGUGGUAUUCCAUGUGCAGUUUGUAAUAAUAGUAAUCAUGGGUUCUAUAUGAUGCCUUGAGGAAGCUACAGCCUGCUAUAUUUUGACUGUUCUCUUCUCAACCUCCUAUUGACUUCUCUGAUCACACUAAUAAUGAUCAUGCAGAUGGGAUUAUUCAAAUCCAAAUUUACAUGAGAUGAUGUGAAUUUGAUCAGAGGUAGUAAGAGAUUGGAUACACGGCCUAUUAUCAUUAUUAUGAGAGGCCCUAUGAGACAAUACUGAGCCUAUUUUUACUAUGGUGAUGAUCGUGGGUGGGUUAUACUGUAGCAUGUCUUUUUGGUUUAGUUUUAUACAUACAGUCAGUCAGUGAGACUCAGGUGAGCAACGGACAAUCACCUGAUACAGAGACCCGCGACAUAACAUACAUUUUUCAGUCGAGCUAAAGUCUCUGCACAGUCCGACAGCCUCCAGUUUCCAACCACGAUAACUCAGAUGUAUUGUGUUACAACGAUCAGUCCAUAACCCACCUACUGUUUCACUAAUUAUUAUUCAAUGUAACUUAAUGUAUCGUUCUUUCUCACAUCUGGCAUUAUGAGGGUUUGAUUAGAUGCAUUUGUAAAUUGAUCAGUUUCAGUCCAGAUAAUGUUUCUAAAGUAACAUCUGAUGGCUUCUCUCCAGUAAAGCAGAGUUGCCAUAUGUUGACAAUAAAGACACUGUUUCCCUGAGCCAAAUGCCUUGUGUUGUUAGUCAUAUGCAGUAGUGUAAAGUACUUAAGCAAAAUUACUUUAAAGUACUACUUAAGUAUGUUUUGGGGGUAUCUGUAGUUUACUUUUUAUUUGUGACAAUGUUUACUCCACUACAUUCCUAAAGACAAUAUGUAUAUGUUACUCCCAUACAUUUUUCCUGACAACCGAAAGUACUCGUUGCAUUUCAAAUGCACAGGCAGGGCCGCAAUAUGGUUGUCAUCCCUACUGCCUCUGAUCUGGCGGCCUCACUAAACAAAAAGAGUGUGUUGGAGUGUGUUCCUGUCUGUCUGUAAUUUAUUUCAUUUUUUAAGUUAAAAAAAUUGUGCCGUCUAAUUUGCUUAAUAUAAUAUAUUUAAUUUAAAUCAUUUACUUUUACUCAAGUAUGAGAAAGGAGUACUUUAUCCGCCAUUGUACUGAAGUACAUUUAAAACCAGAUACUUUUAGACUUUUACUCAAGUUGUAUUUUACUGGGUCAUUGACUUUUACUUGAGUUAUUUUCUAUUAAAAGGUAUCUUUACUUUCACUCAAGUAUGAUAAUUGAGUAUUUUUUCCACCACUGGUUAAAUGUAACUUGGUAAGAGUCUAAUGUAAAAUUCAAACUGCGAAAAAAUGCAAGAACAUGAUUUCUUUAGUUAAUUACAAUACUGUAAAAGUGCAGAGCAUGACAGAACAUGAACUAUUGGAACUGUCAGCAAAAAAUGUGUGGGGGUAAGGACCUGAUUGGGUUGCCAUCGAGGGUUGGGAGUAGGGAAGUGCAGUCUAAACAGGAGUUGUGGCCUUCUCAAGGCAGCACGGUUUUGGGCUUACAGUCUGUUGUGUAAGUGCUUUUGUAUCUGUGAGAGAACCACAUUGCCAGGGUCCUCUCAGGCCCUAUACAGCCAUUCCAGCAAACACUCAUUUUUAACAACUUUGUUUUUGAUACCAGUGUAAAUAUACAUAACAAGAGGUCCAGCCAAUACGGUGUUCAUGACACUUCUACUGUACAAUGGCGUCAAACAAUUGUUCUUUCAACAUCUGCAUUUCCUGAAAUGUAAAGCUCCAUUGUAUUCUCCAAUUGUAAAAGUCAGGUUUGGAGUUGUGGGUAGUGUAGUAUUUGAGAAGCAUGUUUGAUAAGGGCCUAAUGCUUCUCAGGACCAGCACAGAUAUGUAUUAAUACAUAUUAUUUUGGUAUUAUAUCUGUGGACACGGUUUCAAUGUACGGUGUACAUUUUAGGAUCCCCUCACACAGUCCCCAAGAUGGUCUGUACGAUUAGACAGAAAAAGUGCAAUUACCUUAGUUGACCUGGUCAGUUCUCUAGUACUGUCGCUGUUUCUCAUCCAGAGGUUCACUCUCUGGAUACAAUAUUGCUUAAAUUGUUUGUGUUGUAUUUAUAUUUGUGUCAAAAGAUACCCUUUCAAAUUGUGAUUUUAUGCAACUAACACUAUCAGUAUCCAAUUCCAGACAUGAGCUAUUUGAGCUUUCUCCCUGGAAAACAAUUCUACUUCUUCUGUACGUGACUUUCUCACACUGUCCUAGUUAUUGUCAGAGGCAAGAGUCUUUGAGAGGGCUAGACUUAAUACAGUGAGGCCAGCAUUCAAACUGCACUGCACUUGACUUUUAAAGGUAACUUACACUUCAGCUGUGAUCUAUAGUUCUACCCCUAGAAGAUAUUCAGCCAGCUUUUAUCACCACUGUACCCAAUGAAUACAAUGGAUCCAAAUGAUCAUUGCUUUUAUUGUAUUCAGAGAAAUAUUUGAAUGUACAUGAUUGAUUUUUGAUUAUGUAUAACUGGCUCCUAUAAUUGUGAUUUUGAGAGAAGAAACUUGUUGAUGUUG